AUGUUUCCAGAAUUAGAGAAACCUCGAGUCACAGAGAUACAAGUCCGAAUAGACUGUAAUGGUUGUGUACAGAAGAUAAAGAAGGCCCUUCAUGGUAUUAAUGGUAUAUAUGAUCUCAACAUCGAUGUUGCUCAGCAAAAAAUAACAAUAAUUGGGUGGGCAGAUCCAGAAAAAAUAGUUAAAGCCAUUAAGAGGACAAGAAAAAAUGCCAUAAUUUGUUCUCAAACAGAACCACCAGACGACCAACCACCACCAGACGGCGGAGCACCACCACCAGAGUCCAGUAACCCUCCACCAGAGCCUGAUGAAAAUACAUCAGCAGAGCAGCCAAAAGAUUCACCACCACCAGAGUCAAAACCGUCCCCUGAUGAAGCUGCUGAUCAAACGUCUAGACCAAAGGGUGUUGAAGAGGCUCAUGUAAUAAACCACUCGCCACCAGAACACGGCAGCGGUUAUGGUGGUGGACGGUGUAACGUUGCUUAUCCCUGUGGUGGUAGUGGUACAGGAUUCAGAGGCGAGCCACCUCAACCCAUUUAUGUGGCUCACAGUUACAAUACACACAGACCAUCAACUUAUGUGACUGAAUAUGCAAAUUUCAGGCCACCGCCGGCCGGAUACUCAUUCUACGGUAGACCCUACAACUACAGAGAGGAUUUUCGGGCCGGAAACUAUGGCAGUGGGAAUAUUAAUAUCACUUCAAUGUUCAGUGAUGAAAAUCCAAAUGCAUGCACAAUUGUGUAG